GGGCACUGUUGACCCGGCAGAGAUAACUACUAACACCAACUCCAAAGAGCCGCAAAAAAUCAACUUUUUCGUCGAGUCGUACCCGCUGCGCCCGGUGCUGAUCUUUUUGCUCGCUUUCUUUCUAGCGCCGAAAACCUUUCCAGGGAGCGAGAGGCUGUUUAGCUGA